UGUGCGCCUUGUGAGCGCGUUUGGAUCCACGAAGGCAAUCGCUCGGAUGUUCCCCUAACCCAACCCGGGAAUGGACCGGAGGGAACCGCAGCAUGGGGAAUGUCCGCGUCUCGUCGCAAGGCUCAUUUUGAGUUGUGGGUCAUAGGGCGGGCAGCUUUAUCUGAUCAAGGGCCGGGGCACAAGGGUCCUGGUACUAUCCAGUUCCGCCCCCUUCUCCCAUGCCGAGUCACAGGUAGCGCCUUGGAAAGCACGGACGAGCCACAUGCAGGGAAACUUGCACGUGUGGUUCUGGCCGGGGACCCCGCAGAAACUAAUCGAGCUCCGUUUGAUCUCCCAGAAGCGGAAGCUGAAUCAGUUGCAGGCUAUAAUGUAGAAUAUGCGCGGGAUGCGAUCCUUAAUAGUCCACUGUUGGCGGAAGCCAAUGUCCCGGGGUCCCGGGGACUCAUUCUGACUGAAACAAGGGGUGGGUCUUUACCAAUUUGA